UCUGACUUCACGGCUGGUGCUCUAUCCACUGUCCCACCUACCUGCCCCGAGGCACAUUUUCAGAUGUGGAUAAUCUCAUGCAUUUUUUAAAAAAAACAGUGUCUGUCAAAAGGAUAUGCAAGGUGAUCUGAUAAUUGUUUAAAAAAAAUAAGUAGUGGCUACCUCCAAAAAAAGUAAGGAAUCAGAACAAAAUUCGUUAUGCCUCAUAUAAAAUGGGAAAAAACAACACACAAAAAGCAAUGGUUUUAGUAUUCUGAAUGUGACCUCAUAUAAUGUAACAAAAAAAAAAUUUAAAGUGAUCACAAGAAAGUGAAGGAAACAAUUGACAGUGGAGAUAAUUUGUCAAAUACUGUAGCAGAGUAUGCCCAUUCAUAAGGCAUGAAUUCCAAUAUUACCUUUCAGGAUUUGAGUCAAAUCACUCAACCAUUCUGACCUAAUGGCCUGAGCUCACUCAGUGAGAAUGAAGACAUUUUCUGUGUUGUCACAGGUUUACUGUGAGGAUCCAAUGUAUUUGUGCAUGAAGCUCAUUAGAAAUUAAAUCAAACUUGGAAUAUGAGGUAAUGAGAUUUUUAAGUGAUUGAUUCUGCCCAUUUAAGAUUUUGCUCUUUUUCUAUUGAAAUAGAAAAUAACUCAAUUUCUGUUCUACUGAUACAUGGAACAGGAUGUGUGUGUGUGUGUGUGUGUGUGUGUGUGUUGGGGGAGGAGCUGUUCUCCUGCAUGCACAUGCAAAUAAUGUCUACAUUUGUUUUGUUCUUUGUGGCCUUUUUCCCCCCACAGAAAGGGAGAUUAGACUGGAAAAAAAGGAAAGGACGGCAGAUCUAAGCCUUUUUGUGGAAGGAAUUCUCAAACCAAGAUUCAUCAGUAAUGGUCCUGCUAACUUCAUUUGGAAAGAGAUCUGUGAUACACAUGAGAAAAUCCUCAUUAGAGAGAAAUCUUAUGAGCAUAACCAAAAUGGAAAAACUUUCAGAGAAAGGACAGCUCUUCCUAGGCAUUUACAGAGAAUUUAUACUGGAGAGAAACCUUAUAAAUGUAACCAAUGUGGAAAAGCUUAUAAAAAAAAGGAAACUGUUAUUAUUCAUCAGAGAAUCCACACUGGAGAAAAACCUUAUGAAUGUAACCAAUGUGGAAAGGCUUUUACACAAAAGAGAAUUCUUACUAAACAUGAGAGAAUCCACACUGGAGAGAAACCUUAUAAAUGUAACCAAUGUGGAAAGGCUUUUGCAGAAAGGGGAGCUCUUAUUGGACAUCAGAGAAUCCACACUGGAGAGAAACCUUAUGAAUGUAACCACUGUGGAAAGGCUUUUGCAGAAAGGGGAGCUCUUACUGGACAUCAGAAAAUCCACACAGAAGAGAAAUCUUAUAAAUGUAACCAAUGUGGGAAGGCUUUUAGAGAAAGGGGAAAUCUUAUUGUACAUCAGAGAAUCCACACUGGGGAGAAACCUUACAAAUGUAACCAUUGUGGAAAGAGUUUUAGGAAAAAGGAUACUCUUAUUGUACAUCAGAGAAUCCACACUGGGGAAAAGCCUUACAAAUGUAACCAGUGUGGAAAGAGUUUUAGGAAAAAGGAAGCUCUUAUUGUACAUCAGAGAAUCCACACUGGAGAGAAACCUUAUAAAUGUAACCAGUGUGGAAAGACUUUUAGGAAAAAGGAAUAUCUUAUUUUACAUCAGGAAAUACACACUGGAGAGAAACCUUAUAAAUGUGACCAGUGUGGAAAGACUUUUAGAAAAAGGAGAGGUCUUGUUGUGCAUCAGAGAAUCCACACUGGGGAGAGUCCUUAUGAAUGCAACCAGUGUGAAAAAACUUUUAUUUAUAAGUCUAGUCUUGCUGUACAUCAGAGAAUCCAUACUGGAGAGAAACCUUAUAAAUGUAUCCAGUGUGAAAAAACUUUUCUUUAUAAGUCUAGUCUUUCUAUACAUCAGAGAAUCCACACUGGCGAGAAACCUUAUGAAUGUAACCAAUGUGGAAAGACUUUUAGAAAAAAAGGAUGUCUUAUUAUACAUCAAAGAGUCCACACUGGGGAGAAACCUUAUAAAUGUAACCAGUGUGCAAAGGCUUUUAAACAAAGGGUAAGUCUUACUCGACAUCAGAGAAUCCACAUUGGAGAGAAACCUUAUAAAUGUAACCAAUGUGAAAAGGCUUUUACAAAAAGGGCAGCUCUUACUGGACAUCGGAGAAUCCACGCUGGGGAGGAAUCUAAUGAAUGUAAACAAUAUGAAAAGGCUUUUAUAUAAAAAUAUGAUUGGUUAUUGCCAGUUCUGUGAUGAAAUGGAAAGCCAUUAAAAUAAGCAGAAAAAGGGAGAAAACAUUGGGAGAAGAUGAUGUGUUGCUUCUGCCUUCCAUACUUGUCUUUCUCUUGCUUUAAUCCUAUAGGAAAGAUAAUUAAAGAUUCCUGUGAAUAGCAGAAAGCCUCUUAGUCAUAUUGGAGUCUUCUUUUCCUUCUUGUCACCUAUUUGAAAGGCAUUCUGAUGGAAUGAAAAGAUCACUAGAUUUGGAGUCAAGAGGACAUGGGUUAAAAUUCUAAUUCUGUACCUCUGUGUCCUUGACAAAAAUAAUUUAACUUCAACGGUGCAUUCAAGUUAGUAUUGGAUCUCUUCCAGCUCUAAAUCCUUUGAGAAGCUCAAGAAGAGCUUGAAGAUAAACCAUACCCUUCAAUGCCACAUUCCUGAGUUGUCAGGUUCAGAUUAGGGCUAAAAAUUCAGGUGAUAUCACUAAGCUUUCUGGGUAUGAUUGGCACUUAGAAGACUCAGCACGAUAUGGGAAAUUCUCAACUUAGUGCUUUGUUGAAUUAGGAAACUUGCACAUCAUUCCUAAAUAAAUAAAUCUAUGCAGCUCAUGAAACAGAUUUCUUGGUUUAGUUGUUUAGACAGAAAAUGUUUUAUUAAGAUGCUUUUAAGAAUGAAAGAUUUCCAAUCUGAGUUUCACCUUAUAUCUGAUCAAAUUGGCAGAGAUAAUCCUAAAAGCCGGAAAUAGUAUUGGGGGGGUUAUAGAAUUAGAAGUACAGUAAUACAUUGUAUGUAGUUAUGAAUUGGUCCAACUUCUUAAAUCUAGUUGGUAUUAGGAUUUAUUGAAAGGCAAUUAAAUAUCCAGACUUUGUGACACAGAGACUGCUGCAAGGCUUGAUUACUAAGGAAGUGAGGAAAGCAAAGGUUCUAGCCAUACUAAAAUAAUCAUAGUGGCUUUUUUUUUUUACUUUAUUUUUUUGAUAGCAAAAGAAAAUACAGGUGCAAAAAAGAAACAAAGGUGUUGUUUAGUUGGAGAAUGUCUGAACAAAUUAUGGUGAUGAACAUAUUUGAAUGAUGUCACAUGAAAAACUAGAUAGGAAGAAUUCAGAGAAGCAUGGGGAUAUGGAAAUGAAGGGAGUGGACUGAAGUGAGCAAAACCCAAACAUCAGUGACUCCCUCAAAUACCAGUGAUCUCUUCAACUUGAAAUUCAUUGCAACCAUGGAGUUUCAUAACUGUGUCCAUUCUGUGUAUUUCUUGCCAGUGUUUCACAUAAAUUCACAAAAGAUCCAUCCAAUAUGAUGGAGUCCGUCCUUACUUUCUCUUACCAUCUUGAAGGGCACUUGUUCUGGCUUAUUCACUUACCAGUGCUCUUCCUUGACAUGUGUCCACCUCAUCUUUCCUUGUUCUACAAUUCUUUCAUGUGAAGUAUGAGCAAUAUCAGUUAUCCCACAGAGGACACCAAGAAAUUUCAGAAAAUGCUUUGAUCAGCACAUGACUCCCUUGAUAAUUGGAGAAGCAACUGCCAAAGAUGAUACCAACUGGACUACAGAUUAGCUUGUAAAAUUUAUGAUCUCUACACUAACAAUGGAAAAACACAACUCUGAGCCCCUACAAUCUGUUGUUCUCAAUAGGUUUAUACAUUAGGCAGAAAUAGGGGCCUUCACCAGUUGUCUGGGUCUAUCUUUUGCCCCUGGGCUGACUAAGGACAGAGUGAGGCUGGUGACUUUGCAGAGUUCUGUCUCACUUAAAUCCAACUCACUUGUAAAGCAAAACAUGAGCCUCUGACGAUGUCAGGGCUCUUUGAGAACAAAGAUAGACUUCAGAAAAACCUGGAAAGGCUUACAAGAACUGAUGCUGGAACCAAAAGAAUAUUGGACACAGUAACAGCACCAUUGUGGAGAUGAUCAGCUUUUAUACACUUUGCUAUUCUAAGCAAAACAGUGAUCUGAGACAAUUCCAAAAGAUCCAUGUUGCUAACUGCUGUCCACAUCCAGAGGAAGAACUAUAUAGUCUGAAUAUAGCAUGAACACAACUAUUUUCACAUUGAUUUUUAUUUUUCAUUUUUUCCUUUCACAUUUAUUUCCCCUUUUGUUCUGAUUCUUCUUUUACAAUAUGACUAAUGUGGAAAUAUGCUUAACACGGUGGUCCAUGUAUAACCAUGUAUAUUAGAUUGCCUGUUUUCUUGGGAAGGGACAGGGAAUAGGAAGAA